CCCAAACUCCUCCCUUCUUCCGCUCGCUCCCAAGCUCCACAUGCCUAUCUGGGAAGGUAUGUCUUCACAGAUUCGCUCGCACCGUUCAUUUAACGGCAGAGAAUGCGCAGUCUGGCACUGUGCUUUCUCGUCUCCUCUUCCCUUGCAGCCAGACCAUCUCGCAGCCCAAAAGUCAUCUCCCCCUUUUCAAAAAAACAUCCCCACGACAACCAGGAGUCAUGAACAACCCCUCCAACCCCCAAGCAGCCGCCGGGACGAACCAGACGGCGCGCGUACCCCUGAACGAAAGGCCCGGCUACCGCCAAAUGUCACAAGCAGAGCAGUAUCAGCGGGACGAUUUCAUCGUCCUCGUGGAGCGAAAAUUGCGCCAACAUCUUCGUCACGCACCUGCGGGAGUCGACGAUCAGCCUGUUGAAGGCGUUACGGACGCAGGUGACAGCAAACCGAGCGCCGCUGACAGCACGGCCAAACCGCCGGCAAAGAGGCGUGUGAUCCAGCCGCUCUUCGUGUUCGAGAUGGAGCGGGAGCCGUGAGUUACAAAGCGACAACUGCAGCGAUGAAAGCGUCGAGUGCAUUGGCCGCUGACUUUCCGUGGGGAUAAUAGUCCGCUGCCCGUCAACGGCUCAAAGUGAUUCGUCGUCGGAACAGCCAGCCGAUACGGAGUCUUUCGCUGCCGUUGCCCGCCCUGACGCUGAGAGGGCUCCGCGCGGCCGCCGGCCCUCCUACUGUGCACUCCAACGGCGGAAGAGUCAUGGCUAGACUUUCUCGGGCGGUACGACGCGGCGAAGGCUGUGUAUCAACCCGACUACUGGCAGCAGCGCGAGGGACGCAGAUGAGGGGUAGCCAUGCGUGGCUGGAGCUCGGGGCGAGAUGUACACCAGGUGAAUAAACGAAC